CGCAAUUAAACAAUUCCAUUUAAAGUCCGACGCUCUGUCGGUGAACAAAAUGCCGAUUUCUCUCUCUGCUUAACUCACAGUUACUGCGCACAAACUUGCAGAUCUCCAAACGACCAUUGUCCACGGCGAAUCUCUGGUCAUAUUCUCACCGGAAUGUCAAUUCCCGGCCACCAGGUGUUGAGAUGAAUGGGAUUCAGGGUAGAAAGACUCAGAAUGUAGAGAAACCCUUUCCAGGAUGCUUGGGCAGAAUGGUGAGCCUUUUUGAUUUGGCCAAUGGUGUAACUGGAAACAGGCUGCUUACUGAUAAACCACAUCAUGAUGGCUAUUCACUUUCAAGGAGCCGUUCAGAUGUGGCAAGGAUGAAAAGUUCCUCCUUUGGAGAUCACGUUGAAGAUAAAAUGAUUGUGUCUGAAUUAAGGAGAAGCUCCUCAAAUGCGAAAGCAAAUGGAACACCCAUGAAGACACUCAUUGCCCAAGAAAUGUCCAAGGAAGUGGAUUCUAGACAUAAUCCACCCAAUGUGGUGGCCAAGUUGAUGGGACUUGAUAACCUCCCACAUCAGCAGUCUAAUUCAGCUACAGAAAGGAGCCACUCAAAAUGUUAUUCGAGACGUUCUUUAAGUCACUCGGGGAUCCUAGUGGACUGCUGGGAGCAAGAUCAUAGUUUUCCAGACAAGCAAAUGCACUCUGAAGGUCACCGAUGUGAAGAGCAAAAUGAGUACAAAGAUGUAUAUGAGAUCUGGCAGCAGUCCCAAAAGACAAAUGCCAGGGAUAGUUCACCCCACAAGGGAAGGUAUAAUGAAAAUGCAAAUGAGAAAAAGAUGGCCCUUGUUCGCCAAAAGUUCAUGGAAGCAAAGCGUUUGGCCACAGAUGAGAAAGGCUGCCAGUCUCGAGAAUUCCAAGAUGCAUUGGAAGUUUUAAGUUCCAAUAGAGAUCUUCUCCUGAAGUUUCUGGAAGAACCUAAUUCCAUGUUCUCUCCACAUCUUUAUGAUAUGCAGCCUAUUCCUCCACCUGAGACAAAACGCAUCACUGUUCUUAGACCUUCUAAGGUAAUUAAUAAUGAAAAGUUUGCAGGACUGGGGAAGAAGUGUGAUAAACAGGCUAAGAAACCUGAACAGACCGGUCAAGCUACUGUGUGGGAAAAAAGUAACUCUGGCUAUUCGCCUACUUUUGCCAAUCAACGGUUUGAAGAAUAUCCCUCUCAGCCAACUCGGAUUGUAGUAUUGAAGCCUAGCCCUGGGAAGACUCAUGACACCAAGCCUUUGGUGUCACCUCCUUCCUCAUCCUCAAGAACAAUGCAGGGUGAAGAAUUUUAUGAACUUGAAGAUGAUGAGGCACAAGAACCAAUGGAGGUGGCAAAGGAGGUCACACAGCAGACUCUCCUUUCUUCUGUUUUUUCCAAUGGCUAUAUUGGUGAUGAUAGUUCUUUUAACAGAUCAGAGAAUGAGUAUCCAGUGGGAAAUCUCAGUGAUUCAGAAAUCAUGUCACCGACUUCUAGGCAUUCAUGGGAUUAUAUCAACAGGUUUGGUAGUCCUUAUUCUUCUUCCUCUUUCAGCCGUGCAUCAUGUUCUCCAGAGUCUUCUGUUUCUAGAGAAGCAAAGAAGCGACUUUCUGAAAGAUGGGCUAUGAUGGCAUCAAAUGGGAGUUCUCAGGAACAAAAAGCUACUCGGAGAAGCUCUAGCACGCUGGGUGAGAUGCUAGCUCUUUCAGAGACAAAGAAGUCAGUAAGAUCUGAGGAGGAGACUACUAACAAGGAACAAGAACCAAGGGGAUCAACUUCUUGCUUGGCUAGUAAUUUGGACAGGGAAGAAAUUGUGGCUGCUUCUCCUAAAAGUCUCCUGAGGUCUAGAUCUAUGCCUGUGUCUUCUGCAGUGUAUGGUACUGGGCUUAAUGUUGAGGUUCCAGAUUCCGAGACUGGCAAAACAGAAGUUGCCAAGGAGCUGACGAAGGCUAAGAGCACGAAAUCAUCUUUAAAGGGAAAAGUUUCUAGUUUAUUUUUCUCAAGGAAUAAGAAAUCAAAUAAAGAAAAAUGUGGUGCAUCUCUCUCUAAAGAUGAAGCUCAAUCUGCCGCUCCUGAAACAGCAGGAUCACCAAUACCCCGUUUUGGAAAUGUCUGUGUUGGUGCAUCUCCAUCCACUAAUAAUGGCGGCCUUGAAGGUAGCUCGUCUCCUAGUUUACGUGGACCAUCAAGCAAAACUACUUCUCCUGAUUGGGUUGGCAUGUCUACAAAACAAGGGUUUGUUUCACGGGAGGGAGCCUUGUCAGUGGCAAAGCCAGGGAAUACAAGGGAGAACCAGGAUCAGCCAAGUCCCAUCUCAGUUUUAGAACCACCAUUUGAAGAGGAUGACAACACAGUUCCUGAGCUUUCUGGCAAUAUCAGGACAAGCCGCCGAGGAGCAGAGGUGCCUCUUAAAUCUAAUUUGAUAGACAAAUCGCCACCUAUAGAAUCCAUAGCUAGGACCCUAUCAUGGGAUGAUUCUUGUGCUGAGACAGCUACAACAUAUUCAUUAAAAGCCUCUUCAAUCUCUUCAUGUCCAGAAGAAGAAGAACAAGACAUGCGCUUCUUCAUCCAAACACUGUUAUCAGCAGCCGGCAUUGAUGGCAGCACGCCAUUAGAUUCAAUUUUUGCUAGAUGGCAUUCACCUGAAAGUCCAUUAGAUCCUGCAUUGAGAGACAAAUAUGCUAAUCUAAAUGACAAGGAGCUUCUACACGAGGCGAAACGAAGACAGAGGCGAUCAAACCAAAAACUUGUGUUUGAUUGUGUCAAUGCGGCACUCGUGGAAAUCACCGGUUGUGGGUCAGACAGGAGCAUAAGGGUUAUACAGGGGACACCACCCACACUAGUGGAGCACAUAUGGGCCCAAAUGAAAGAGUGGUUUUGUAGCGAAGUGAGGUGUACUUUUGAGGACAGUGGGGACAGCUCCAGCUUGGUGGUGGAGCGGGUGGUGAGGAAGGAGGUGGUGGGGAAAGGGUGGAUUGAUAAUAUGAGAGUGGAAUUAGACAAUUUGGGAAAGGAAAUUGAAGAUAAAUUGCUGGCAGAUCUUGUGGAGGAUGCUGUGAUUGAUCUGACAAGUUGGGUUUGAUGAACCUAUAUCUUUUUUAAUCUUACCUUUUAUUUUUCCCUCUCUAUUUACGGCAACUCUUAUUUGUCUAUUUGUGUAUUUGAUUCUCAACAAUGAUGGUCCCUACCACCCCCACCUCCCCAUUUGUUCAAUGCUGCAAGUGAUUAAAUUAAUAUCUAUUUUGUCAACUUGUUUGGUUU